UUGGUUUUUUUUCAAUUUUUAAUUUAGUUUAAGUUAAUUCGCCUGUUAAAGUUUUUGUUAAAAAAAAAAUUUUCAAAAUUUUUUUGUCAAAGACUGACAGGUGAACCAACUUAAUGUUUUUUUUUUAAUAUUUAUUUUAAUCCCUUUCAGGCCACAUUCAUUGACAUGGGUUAAGAAAUAAAUACAAAAUUUUCCAAAUUUAGCGAUUUGCAAAUUCUAACUAGAUCUUUUAGACAUAUAGGCCUUGUUGCGAAGUGUUCUAUCAUAACUGAAAAACACCAAUAAUCUUGUUUUCAGACAUCACUCGAAAAGGAACAAGCCGUCGAAAUGAAAAUAUUCUUCUUCUGAUGGAAGGAGAUAUUUCCGACGUAGAUCUCUCAUGCGAGGAGUCAGAUGAGGAAAAUGACAUAUUUAUUCAUCGAAAGGGAAUUUUAACAGAUGCAAUUGAAGAUUCACAAUCAAAUUCGACAACAAAAAUCGGUCUCAAAAUUGAGACAAUGGGAGAUGAAAGUGAAAGUGACACAGAAGACGACACACCAUUAUCAAAUCGACUUCGUGUAAAAUCAUUACGUUGGAAAUCGCGCGACAUUAAAGUUAUUGAUUGCAAUUGUAAUAUAAAAUUUGCAAGACCAAUACCAGAAAUUCCUGCAUUACGUUAUUUUAAACAAUUUCUCACAACUGAAAUAAUACAUCAUCUCACAAUACAAACAAAUCUUUAUUCAAUUCAAAAAUCCGGUAUUUCUAUUAAUGUCACAGAGAAGGAGAUUGAACAAUUUUUUGGAAUUCAUAUUCUCAGUGGAAUUGUUAAAGUUCCAAGUAUCAAAUGUUAUUGGUCGGAUCCAACACGAUUUUCAAUAAUUGCCGAUUUUAUGACACAAAAACGAUUUUUUGAAAUUCGAACCUACAUACAUUUUAACGAUAAUAGUAAAAUAAAAUCACGUGAUCAUGAGAAUUAUGAUAGACUUUAUAAAAUCCGACCAUUUAUAGAUGCAUUGAAGAAAAAUUUAUCCAAAUUGAAAAACGAAGAAUACAAUUCAGUGGACGAGGUGAUUAUUCCUCUCAGGGGUCAUAAUAGUUCAUUAAAUCAAUAUAUACGCGGCAAAGCUUAUAAACAUCAAAAAAGUCAAAAAUGCCGAUACAAUUGUCCCUGUAUGGGAUUUAAAAUGUUUGCUCGAUUUGGAAAAAGUGGUAUUCUUUAUGAUUUUGAAUUCUAUUUAGGAAGAGAUGUACUUCCAAGUACAUCGGGACUUGGUUUAAAUGGAGAUAUUGUUCUUCGUUUAUGUGACAAUUUGUCAUCUAGUGAAAAUUAUAAAAUAUUAAUAGACAGUAAAUUUAAUUCACAUAGUUUAAUUGUAGCCCUUAAGGAAAGAGGGCUAUUUGCAUUGGGAACAAUUAGACCAUCAAAAUUACCAGGCUGUGUUUUUAGAAAUUAUUCCGAAUUAAAAAAAAGAGUGAGAGGUGCUUAUGAUUUUCGAACUGAACAAUCGACAAAUAUUAUUGCACUAAAAUGGUGGGGAAUGUAUAAACCAGUUUAUAUAGCGUCUUCUUAUUCUUCAAUUCAUCCUCUAGAAUCAAUUACAAGUUGGUCUUCAACACGAAAAAAAUAUCGAGAAUUUCCUGUACCACAUCUUUUGUUUGAAUAUAAUCAAUGUGUGGGAGGAGUUGAUUUACAUAAUAUGCUGUUAGAAUUAUAUAGAAUUGAUAUAAGAGCAAAAAGAUAUUAUUUAAGAAUUAUUUUCAAUUUAAUUGAUUCGUGUCUUGUUAAUUCUUGGUUAUUAUAUCGACGUCAUUGUGAUCUAGGUAGCAUGAAAUGCAAAUCGCUAUUGGACUUUCGAUCUGAGAUAGCAUACGGUCUUUUACAAACAAAACACUCGUAAUCUAAAAUUAAUCGUUUUUUUUUUUAUAUAAAUAUAUUUAUAAAAAUUAUAAAUCUACAUUCCUUAAAUAUUAUCGACUUUCAAAUGAAUGACAUUUUUUGUUUCGAUUUUAACUUGACAAAAAAAAAAUUAUUUUCAUUCAUUUGAAAGUUCAGAUCUUUGAGAAUAAACUACUUCAAAAAACUAUAGAGAAAAUUUUAGAUAUGUGUAUAAGAUGUUAUAAAAAUGUGAUUUAGUUUUAAAUAAAAAUCCCCAGUCAAUGUUGGCCUUUAAAAAUAAAUGAUAAUUAUUUUUAUGAUAUAUUUAAAAAAGUAAGAGUCAAAUUAAAUAUAAUGAAAGUUCAUUUUAAAAUAAAAUUAUUAUACUAAACAAAAAUUAUAUAUUCACACGAUUGCAAAAAAAAAAUUAAUUUAAGAUAAUUUUUUUUUUUUUAAAUUAAUUUAGUGGCCAUAUUGUGAUGGUUCUCAUGGAAAACACAACAAGGAUAAUGCUGAUAACGUUGGACCCAUUGUUAUUGAAAGAAAGAAAUAAAUGUAA